AUGGAUUUGCGAGAAAGUCUUCACAAGAUGUACCUGGAAGCGUAUCAGAUCUCCAGGAAGCUGUCUGCAAUCACUACUCCGUACGCUGAAAUCUUGCCCCAGCGGCUCGUCUAUUCCAAGCGGCCAGACUCUACCUUCGGAGCACUCUCCACCCCUUUCGAAGCCACCGCUCCACAUUCUCUUGCUCCCGCUUAG